CCAUCUCUUCCUUGCAAAGACAACUGGAGAUCCAAGAAUCCCAGCUUCGGAGAACCACAUCUGAAAAGGAAACGCUCCAAAGGAAACUCAGAGAGCAAGAAAAUCAGCUACAAGCCAUGUCUACCAAGAUUUGCAGUCUGAGUGAAGAACGGGAACAUGACGAAAUGAUGAUGGCAAUAGAGAAGGAGAACUGUAGUCUUCGACAGGCUGUUACAGAACAAGAAUCCAAGCUGGCCGAGCAGAACAAGCUGAUCGGUGAGUUACAGGGGACCGUCAGCCAGCUACGGGCAGAGGUUCUGAGCAGCCAGCACCACAUCCACAAGCAGCAACAGGCGCAGCAGGAGAUCCAGAGCCGAGCCGAGGCACUGCAGCACAGGGAGCUGCAAACCAGAGUGGCACUCGAACGCAUCACCAGCAGGUUUGAAAGAUAUCGAAGCAAAAUAAUUCAGGCUACCUUCAGUACGGCAGGCAGCAAGCCUCCCCAGGCAGAGGUCACGGAUGAGGAGGUGCUGGAGGCAAUGCAGAAAAUAAUUAACGAACGGCUGGAGUUCCAUCAGAUGCUGAAACAGAAGGGUGUCAAGGUCCCAUCGCUCUACAGCAUCGACACGUCUAGUCCAUCGCCUGCCAGUGCUAAGGGAAGGAGGAAGAGUCCCGCAAGGCACCUUUCAAUGCCUGAAAAGCAGCCCUAG